CACAUUCCCUAACACACUGCUCCUCUCUCCCUCUUUCACUCCUCCACAUUCACAUUUACUCUCAACUGCUUUAACAUCCACAAGCUGGGGCUCUACAUUUCAAAUUACAAAAAGUAGGGAUCUGAGAGCUGGCUGACAAGUUGUCCACUUCAAGAGAAGAGUUUUACCUAUUUGGCAUCUUAUUCUGGAAACCUAAAAGAGCAGAAGUAAAGAUGUCUCUACCAUUAUCAUUGCUGAUAUGUCUGUCAGCUGUCCAGCUGUGUAUGGGAGAUCAGCCGGUGGAGGAAGUCAUUGUAACCAAAAAUGUGCCACUUUUGGGUGGCUGGCAAGACAGUGAUCUGGAGUCAGCUGAUAUUAAGAAGGCAGCUCAACACGCUGUGAUGGGGUUUAACACGCGCUCCAGAUCUAAGAAGAUGUUUAAACUGGUCUCAAUCACCAGCGCCAAAACUCAGGUGACUAACAUGAUUAACUUUAAGAUUGAUGCAGUCCUGGGAAAAACCAAGUGUCUCAAGUCUGAAAAUCAGUCCUUGAACAGCUGCAGUCUUGAAGAAAAGGAGCUGCAGUGCCACUUUGACGUGACUUUCAACCCCCGCAACGACAAACAUAAACUGCAGAGUCACAAGUGCAAGAAACCUGUGAAGGUUUAACUUUUUUAGAGCUUAAACCUUUUUAUAUCUUUACAGCUUAAAUUUUUUAUAAUACAUGUAAGAAGUGCCUGAUUUUACAGUAAACAGUAGAUGGGCUUUAAUGGAAAAUAAUCCAAUAAAAAUGGGCAGCAGUGACUCAGCAGA